AUACUACACUAUUCACACCGAGGGAACCUUCUUACUAACUUUUGUUUUUUAGCCUUUUAGUCGUCUGCUGUUAUUAAUUGAUGGAAAUGUCAAAAUAUAUUGGAUGUCUGCGUAGAAUUAACAGUUACUUGUAUCAUCCAACUGUACAAUUCAGACAAUAUUGUGUAUAUUUCACCAUUCAUGAAAGUUCAUCUUGGCUAUCACGUGCAUCUACUGCAUCACACUGCUUAAAACAGUCUUCAAGAACAAGUCAUGUUGCAGCAGACCGUCUCAAAGGAAUGCAAGAGAGUGUUUGGGUGGAAUUCAUUAGACUUGCCCAGGAGGUGAAGCCAGUCAAUUUAGGACAGGGUUUUCCUGACUUUGCAGCUCCUGAGUUUGUUACAAAAGCUUUGAGUGAUGCUGUAACAGGACCAAAUGUUCUUCUCAAUCAGUACACUCGAGGUUUUGGCCACCUACGACUAGUAAAUGCUUUAAGUAAACUAUACUCAAAACUCCUUGGUCGUGAACUGGACCCACUGACAGAAAUCUUAGUCACUGUUGGAGCUUAUGAAGCUUUGUAUUGCACUAUUAUGGCCUUAGUUAAUCCUGGAGAUGAGGUGAUUAUCAUUGAACCAUUUUUUGACUGCUAUGAACCAAUGACUAAAAUGGCAGGUGGUAUUCCUGUUUUUGUACCACUUAGACCAAAGAAGACUCAUGGUCCUAUAUCAAGUGCAGAUUGGGUGCUAGAUCCCAAAGAAUUUGCUUCAAAGUUUACAAACAAAACUAAAAUGAUCAUUGUCAACACUCCACAUAACCCACUUGGAAAGGUAUUUACUCGAUCAGAGCUAGAGAUGAUAGCAGAACUCUGCAAGAAGCACAAUGUAAUCUGUGUCAUGGACGAGGUUUAUGAAUGGUUGGUUUUCAAAGGGUCAGAACAUAUCCGUAUGGCCACCCUCCCAGGAAUGUGGGAACGAACAAUAACUGUUGGAAGUGCUGGGAAAACAUUCAGUGUUACAGGAUGGAAGUUAGGCUGGCUGUAUGGGCCCCAUGAGCUAACACGACCUGCACAGUUACUUCACCAGAACUGUGUUUAUACUUGUGCCACUCCAAUCCAGGAGGCUGUAGCAGUUGGAUUUGAAAUUGAAAUGGAACGUAUGGGAACUCCUGAUAGCUAUUGGCAAGACCUUAUAGAGACAUUAGAACCUAAACGAGACCGCAUGGCCAAAUUUUUAACCACUGUAGGAAUGGCACCUACUGUUCCAGAAGGAGGCUAUUUUAUGAUUGCAGAUUUUUCAGAAAUAGGAUCCAAAGUAAACCUUGACUCAGAACAAGGAACAAAGGAUUAUCGAUUUGUGAAGUGGUUAUCUAGAAAUAAGAAACUUCAAGGUAUACCACCUAGUGCAUUUUACUGUAAUGAACAUAAGAAUUUAGGUGAAGACUAUAUUCGUUUCUGUUUUUUCAAGGAGGAAACAACACUAGAGAAAGCUGAGAAGAUCAUAGUUGACUUGAAAAAAUCUCUCACUUGAGUUGUGAAGUUUAUAAUGAUGUCACAAUUGAAAGAUGAUUCAAGUAUUAAAUAUAAACAGUGCUCAUACAUAACUGUGUAAGAUUUUUAAUAAUAGUCAUAACCGUUAGCUUUAUUUUGAAAAUUGGGCAGUUUACAAAAAUACUUGUCUUUGUUACUGACCAACUGGAAAUUUAUUUUUUUAUAUACAUAAUGAUGUAGAAGUUCUACAUCUUUAAGUACUGUUGGUACAUCACAGUCUGGUUGAUUAUUUAUUAUUAAACUUGGCUGUGGAACAAAAGAUACUGCAAGAUGUCAUUAUUUUUGCAAGUUGGUAGUUCAAUAAACAAUAUAUUUAGUUCUUUCACUAUCUUGAACUCUGUUUUUCAAAAUUAUAUUUAAAAAAAUUGAUAAAAAAUAGUUUUAGAGAUACAUAUGUGUAUGCAACUUCAUUCGUGAAUUCAUAAAUAGUCAUUUUCUGGUUGUACAAUGAAAUUACUGGUAAAAACUGAUGCAUGUAUUUGUUUCUUCAAUAAAGUGGAUAAGUGUAUUAAAUUUAACGAGUUAAUGAAAUAAGAAGCAACAUUUUUGUCUGUCACACAGUUGUGUUGCUUUUUUCUUUUAUAUGUUUUUUAAGUGCAAAGGUUAAUUAAUUUGAUAGAGGAAUACUAUUUUGUGAUGAUAAGGUUAGAAAAAUAAUUAUCGCAGUCGUGUGACUAAGUAAAGAAAAUAAUUAAUAUUUAGUACCAGCCUGUUUACUUAAACAUAGAAAGUUAAUUAUCAAAACAUCUACUUUGGGUAGAGAUAUGGAAUGUUCUGGAUCUUCUUUUUCAAAGUGUGCAUUAUCUGAUUGCUUGAUAUUAACAAUGUAUAUUUUGAAAGUUGUCUAGGGUGGUAAAUGUUCAGUAAAUAUUCAGAUAUGUUAAUAUUAGCUUUACAGUUUUCCUAGGGUUCAGAUUAUAUUACGCGUAGCUUGAUUAUUUCUUGUUUCUUGAGUAAUUCUGAAAGAUUUGAAGUUAAAAGUGUUAAAGUUAAUUGAAAAAUAUUUCUUAAAAUUAUAAGAAAGUGCUAAUUAUUAGCAAAGACUAUGAUUUAUUGGGCUAAACUAAUACUUUAAACAGCAUUUUUAAUGGAGAUUUGCCUGUAAUGUAGAGGAUAUGUAUAAUAAACAUUUGGAAAUGUUUUAAAAGCAACUGUUAAAUUGUUUUAUCACCACACACUUGGAUUUUUAUAGCUUAUCAUUCUUACAGUUAGCUUGUUUCCAAGGGACCUGAGAUUUAUCAGAUGAAAACACUAUUAAAAUAGUUCUAAAGGUUUUAGACAUUUUUCCUUGAAAUAAAGUGACUUGACUGGUUAGUGUUAUAUUAAUUUUAUCUUCUGUUUAUGUUUCAUCUAAAUUAAAAAACAAAACAGUUCUCAGACAUUUGAAAUGUAGUCAAGAAACUUUACAAAAAUGCCCUAAGAAGCAUUAAAGUAUUAUCUAAUACAAUUUCAGAACAUUAACGAAGUUUACUGAUUAAUCAACAAUGGUCCAGUUCAAAAUAUUUUUACUACUUUCUGUCAUGCUUAUUGUUAAUGCACACGAAAUAGUUAAAUAUAUAAUUUUGAACUGAAUUAUUUUACUGGAACUUAUAAUUUAGAGUUUUAAGAAUAGUAUCUGUAAGAUGUGAAUAUUUCAGUUUAUGCUCCCUUUUUGGAAUUAAAGAUAUCAUGUAGAUCUUGGAAUAAAAAAGUGCUCUUCUAAAA